GACUAGUAGCUUUACGACAGUUGUUCAAAGCGGAAGUGUCAGGUGCUACUCGCUGUUUGUCAAGAAUUAUUUAUUUGACAUGAAAGUCAAACAUAACACAAAGGACCUGGUAUGUUACCUAAUCGGUGAUUGUCUUUAGUAGCUUUGUGAAGAAGAUGAAAGGAAGCAGAAUAUUGGCAGUUUGUCUUUACGCGCCUACUACGCAGCAAAGCAAAUGUAGCCUGAAUAGAAUCCUGGAUCUGUUAACAUGCUAGCAGUUAUUGACUUUAUAACUGGAUAAACGCGUCACUUUCAAGUAUUCGGACACCCAUUUGAAUAAACAAUGUGGCUACAGCAACGACUGAAGGGGCUACCUGGCUUGUUGUCUAGCAGCUGGGCUAGAAGACUUCUCAUCGGACUGCUCGUCUUCUUCAUUUUCUACUGGUACCUUGGAACGGAGCGCAGUUGGAGGUUCUUUAGUGGUUCGGGUAUGCCCGGCGGGGCGGUUGGACUAUGUCUCCAGGCGGAAAUCCACAGGUGGAAGUCUCUUAUGGAACGUGGGGAGGGUUUAUACAGCACAUCUCAGGAACAACUUGAUACACCUUUUGUAUCAGGUAACGGCCACAUUCUUAUUGACACUGACUCUAACAAACUCUGGGUUGCGUCGUCUUCGCAGCCCGGGUCAGCUCCAGUCCAUCAGACAGAGUUUUCCCCAAUAGUUGGCGUUCACCUCGAGGGGAAGCAGACUGAAGCACGAGCAACUAUGAUGUGGUUCCGGAAAGGAUCUGUGUUGUCAGUCCGCUGUGCCUCACCUGUUGCCGUGCAGUCAGCCCGGGGCUGUGUCACAAUCAGAGAGGAGUUUAUUGCUCACAGGAGUCGUCAUAACGUCUAUUUUCAGAGAAUCCACAUCAACAACCCUUCAGAGAAGCCAGCCACCUUUGAGAUCUCUUCCAAACCCAUAGACUUCGGCAGGUUCUCCUCCAGGUUGGACAAAGUGGAGGACAAAGACAUCGUCCUCUCUUCGGGCAGAGUGCCUUUAGAGAAGAACCGAAUGGUGCUGGUGGUGAUUGUCACAAAGAAGCUCAACAACAGAAUCCAGGUUUUUCCUAACUCAGAGUACACAGACAAUAUUGUGUCUGUGGUGAGGACUUCAGAGCCUAUCGAGCCCUCAAAGGAGACCUUUGAGCACUCAAAGCUGGAGGAGAUCUUUUUAAGCCUCUGCGAUGGUGCCAAAAAAGAGCUGGGAGAGCUGCUGAGGGCUUCUGUGGAUGAUCUGGUCAUAGAUCACCAACAAGCCUGGAUGGAUCUCUUCAUUUCAGGUGUGGAAAUGAGGAAGAUCACCGACUCGCACACGCCAUCGAGCCGCACGGUAAAUGCCACGCUCUACUACAUCCUGUCAUCGUCAACGGCUCCCUUGUUGGAGCGGAGGCUAAGCAGUGAAGAUCGCGCUCGCCUGGAAUCCAGCCUCAACUAUGCCGACCACUGCUUCAGCGGCCACGCCACCAUGCACGCCGAGAACCUGUGGCCCGAGAGGGUGAGCAGCACUGCUCAGAUCCUGCAGCUGGUCACGCUUUGGACCCUGACUCUGCAGAAGAGAGGCUGCAAAGUGCUGGUGGCAGCUGGAGCGCACGGAGCCAUGCAGGGCAUGGUGCUCAGCUUUGGGGGACUUCAGUUCACUGAAAACCACCUCCAGUUCCAGGCUGAUCCAGAUGUGCUGCACAACAGCUACGCCCUGAGGGGGAUCCACUACAACCAGGACCUCAUCAGCCUGGCUGUUCUGUUGGACGUGGAGGGCAAGCCUUUCCUCCAUGUGUCCGUCAAGCCGCAGGAGAAGCCCGUCAAGCUGUACGCCUGCGAGGCGGGUUGCCUCAAUGAGCCUGUAGAGCUGACAUCAGAGGUGAAAGGUCACACAUUCCCCGUUAUGGUGACCCAGCCCAUCACCCCACUGCUCUACAUCUCUACGGACCUACGCCACCUGCAAGACCUGCGCCAUACUUUGCACCUGAAGGCCAUCCUAGCCCACGAGGAGCACAUGGCCAACAGGUACCCGGGUUUGCCCUUCCUCUUCUGGUUCAGUGUGGCCUCGCUCAUCACACUCUUUCACCUUUUCCUCUUCAAACUCAUUUACAAUGAGUACUGUGGCCCUGGUGCCAAGCCUCUUUUCAGGAGCAAGGUAUGAUGAAACUGAACUGGAAGAUAAAUAAUUGCAAAAUUAUCUUUUUUUAAGUUGUGUGUGUGUGUGUGUGUGUGUUUGUGCGUGGCGGUGGCAGCACAGAUUGACUUCUUUUCCCUUCUUUGCUCCACCAAGUUCCUUAGCUCAACCCACAAUCAAUUUAUUUUUGUUUGCUCUCUCUUUAAAUGCACUUUGUACAUCCCAAAAUAUCAUAUGGUGACAAAUUCACAGCAGCAAUGCUAACCUGGAUAUUAACACCACCUCCUUUUGAAAAGGACCGUUUCCAGUAUUUCAGCAUUAACAUUAAACUAUGUUUACAUUAAACUCAAGAAUGAUCUUAAAUGGUACCACAAUCAUUGGAUGCUAAGGAUCAGUGUACAAAGAACAAUUAGUGUUAGGAAAUCAACUGUUGUGUUUUCAAGUCAGGUUAUAUCCGAUUUUGCAUGUAAGAGGCCCCUGGAAUUAUUUUUAAUCCAUCAUAGCAUGUGACUUGUAAAUGAACAGAAGUGCCCCUUACAUUCAAGAAACUAGCAAAUUAAUUGAACCAACUGCCAGAAGAGUUAUUGAUUGAUGUCUUCGCCUUCUUAAUACACCUCCAGAACAGGAUGUCAUAUGUAUUGCAAACUAAAUUAGUUUCCAUUACCUAAUAUAAUUUUCUUUUCUGUGGCACUUUUUUUUUACUAAGAUUAUGAGCUCACCUUCCAAGAAACCUGACAUGAUUUGCCAAGCCAAGUAGGAACAUGUACGCCUGCAAAGGUGUUGUACAUUUGUCUAUGUAAAAUGGCUUCAUGUUGAGACGUCCGUACAGAACUUGUGUACCUGCUGACCACUUUGCUACAAGUCUCUUGAUUGAUUUCUUUUCCUGUGUGUUGUUUUUUUUAAUGAUCCACUCAAUUAAAUGAACAAGAAAUCACCUGUCUUGUCUCUUGCUUGGCUUUAUCCUCACUUUUUGUUGUUUUAUACAUGUGAAACUAUAAAAAUGUGUUAUUUACCAUUUGUUUAGGAAUAGGAUGCAACCAAGGAAGGACAUUUUGUGAUAAAAAAACAUAUAUGUAAAAAUAAAAAUACUUAUGGCAUGUUAUGACAAAAUGUCCUUGGUAUCCUAUUAGGUUACUAUGAUCACAAAACAGGAAAUGGAAGUCAGCUCUGUCGACUGUCUAUGAUGUCAUCAGCGGUUGCCUUGUAGUUCUUUGACAUGUUUUUAUAGUUUUGCAUGUAUAAAGCACUUUGAAAUGCAUAUAAAUGACAAAUAAAA